UAUGAGUUACGACUGCAGACGUCAUCGAUGUCGCUCUGCAGUGGCUCCAUGCGUUUUGCUUUAACUGGACUGCAUGCGAAUACCCAGCCAUGGUGAAUCCUACUUCGAAGUGUAGAAGAGCUCUUAAAGCGUUGUGCGCCCGCUGCUGCAAUGCGUGGAGCUAUCAUCCCAGCGCAUGAGGAACUUUCCUCGCACACUUGGACACGAUUACCGGCGGACCUUGUCUGCCUCAUUCUCGAACACGCCGCCAACCUGAAUCCCUUGCUAGCCCUUGCAAUUAGCCUACUCUCCAAGCAUGUUUACGCCGCAAUUCGAGUUUCUGGAUCGCUUUACCGAUCCGUAGUGAUUCGAGGCCGCACGUCUCUCGAACGAUAUGCGCAAGCGAUCCGUAACGAUACAGUUAGAGCAAAAGGCUUGCGCAAUCUUUAUAUCUGCAACCGUGUGGAUUACGAGGAUGUCGAGGAGCGAACACAAGGAAUCUUGAUGAACGAGGGAGGACUGUUGGCCACUGUCUCUGCAAGCGAACGAUCCGACGCAAAUCUGCGAAAUAUCUUUCGGUGCUGCACCUAUCUCGAGUAUUUGCACAUUUGGGAACCAUUCAAUUUAGGAUAUCCGCCGGAGAUGUCCAGCAUUGAUCACCUAGCAAGCUACCCACUUGAGCUUCUGCAUCAAGUCUUUGCUGAGAAGUGUAAUUCCUCCCUCACGGCUGAAGCAGGUAGUAUUGACUUCUCGGUAUUUUCAGGAAUUCAGCUACAAGAACUGACCAUUUCAUCGCUGGCAACCAAGCCGAGUGAUUUCGAUCGUACCGCGCAUUGUCAGCGGAUUGGAAACCGCAAUGAACCCGGAUCGGCACUUGAUUACCUCACAUCGCUUCACCUUCAUUGGCCGACUUUACGAGACACCCCGGACGAUCUCAUAAUGGUUGUCUCGUACAUCCGUUCUGCUCAAGCGUUGCGCUUUUUUUCGAAAAAUACCUCAACAGAAGCUGACAGCUCGAGUAUCGAUCCGAUCGUCUUUGCCAAUGCGCGAAACAGGGAUGCGCCGCCUUCGAAGUCACACAGCAGCCCUACCACCGGUGCAGAUAUGCCAUCCCUUAUUGCAGGUGCCACGGAUCCCUACCUGGUGCUGUCCCAUGCAACAAGAAGCUCUCAGCCGCGUAAUGCGACGCUCCUCGACUCGCUGUUGACAUUGAACUCCCUCGAGCAAGUGCGCCUUACACGGCCAUCGCCAACGGGCCUUGUAUCAGGGACAAUCGUGCUGCUGCAAAAAAUGCCGCGCCUGAAAAUGCUGAUCAUCGAACUAGGGUGGUAUAUUGACGACGCGACGCUCGCGGCGCUCGUCCAACUUGAAAGGCAAUAUGAUUCCGCGAGUAAAAUGUUCAUGCAUCGACUGGGUGGCGAGGAAUUGCUUCCCCCACCGAAACUCGUCAUCCUCGGUAAAGGCCGCGGCCACAAGCGGUGGAAUGGAGGGUGGCUGCAAUGGGACGACACGCUUGCGCUGCUCGAGUUCAAAUCUCGCAUCGGCAUCGGCACCGCCACCCUCGAGCAUGGCGACCGAAAAAUGUUAUGAGGACGGCCAGCCAGUUCUAUCGCAAAGGGGCCUGCGACAACGGCAAUUGGCCUGCGACUGGCAGGGGCGCGGCGCUGGCUGUUGGGACAUCAAUAAAACAUGAUGUAUCAUACACAUACGCACGGGUAUUAUUGUAUUACGAGUUACAUGCUGC